CCCUGCCAUCCAAGGACCUCGUUUGCCACCCUUGCCGUUCAAUUAGCACCUCACUCUUCCCACAUCUGAAUUUCUGGCCGGCCGGGGACGCAUCGAUCGUCCUUGGCUUUAUAUAUACGUACCGCGCGUCCACGCCUCGCCUAGCUAUCCGCGAGGCCAAAAGGAAAAAAACGGACGCACGCCGAUCGCCAUGGCCGUGGACGCGCAACGCCUCAACCACAUGCUCGCCGCCACCGCUCGCCGCCAGCCCGCCGUUCCUCAGGGGCUCGCCAACCGCGCCGGUGCCAGGAGUGCCGCCGCGGCGGCGCCUUGGCAUGGCACUGGCAGGCUGCAGGCCCCUGCGGCCGGCGUUGCGGGGAGCAGCAGCCAGCAGCAGCCGUUGGCGUACAUGGGCCUCGGCGCGCCGCGGCCGGCGCCGGGGGCGUCGUCGUCGUCCGGAGCGGAUCAGUAUUCGGAGUUCCUGAAGCUGGCCGCGGUGGACCUGGUGCAGAGGGGCGUCAAGCUCGAGGGCGCCCAGGAAAUGGUGGCUGGGGCCAACAAGCGGAAGAGCGCCGCGCCGGAGCCGGAGCCGGUGCUUGGGGCGGCGGAGCUCGCCGCGUUUGCCCACGGGCAGCUAAUCGCCGUCGACAGCCUCCUGCUCAACCAUGCGGCGAAGAUGUGGACUGGUCUGGCCGAGCAGAGGCAUAAGCUCAUGAGGACGGUCGCGGAAUCUGUGGAGGCCAAGGCGGCGAGGGAUCUCAAGGCCAAGGAGGAGGAGAUCGAGAGGGCGAGGAAGAUCAACUGGAUGCUGGACGAGCAGCUCAGGAACGUCUCCCUCGAGUCCCAGAUGUGGCGCGACCUCGCGCUGUCCAACGAGGCCUCGACCAACGUGCUCCGCGGCGAGCUACAGCAGAUGCUCGACGCGCAGGCGUCCCGCGGCAGCGUCCGGCGCAACGACGUCGCCGACGCCGGGUCCUGCUGCUAUGGGGAUAACGACGUCCGCGGGGAUCAGGAUCAGGAGGUGACGGCCCCAGUGGCGGCGGCGGGUUUUGGGAUGUGCAAGGGAUGCGGCGCCGAGGGCGCGGCCGCGGUGCUGCUGCUGCCGUGCAGGCACCUCUGCCUGUGCGCGUCCUGCGCGGCCGCGGCGACGGCGUGCCCGGCGUGCGGAUGCGCCAAAAACGGCAGCGUCUGCGUCAACCUUUCUUGAUGAGGCUAGGGAGGAAUAGUAUUAGGAGUCGUCGACUUUUUAGUUUUUUGUUUUUCUUGAUGGGGGAUGAUGAUAUUGGGCGAUGGUUGAAAAUGACUUGGAUGUAUGUGAGAGGAUGAGUUUCUCCCCUCUGUUGUUCGGUUUAGCUUUUUUCUCAGGCUGUUGGAUCAAUUGUUCAACAAUGAGGAAAACCAGUUAGUAAUGUUCAUUGCUUCAGAUUGGAUUACAUUCGUUUGAA